CAGACAACUCUCCCCCUUUGCCUUCCCCCGCCCCCCGCACGUAAAUCCCAAAGAGCAGAAGAAGAAAGAGAAGGAGAACCAGAAAAGGAGAGCUAGUGAGCGAGAGCCGAAGCACAGAGAGAAGAAUAAAUAAAUAAAUAAAUAAAAGGCUCAAGAGGACCGAAGGGGAGGAAGGAGAAGGAUGGACAGCCACAACACGCAGCGAUUGCGGAAAUUUUCGAGCGCCAUUGGCUGGGCAGCGUGAGUCCUCCGGCCGGGCGUGAUUUCAGCACCGGGGGGACUGGACAGCACCUCGGGGGGGACUUCUGGAUAACCCGCAACCACAGCAAGAACUGCACCGCAGCCUCCACAGCCGAAGCCGCUGAAAACGCUGCUUUGUAACAGAGAAAAGCAAGGUCAGUCCGAAGCACAGCCAUGCACAGGCAGUGCGCCUGUACUACGCUGCAAACCCUCUGCUUGUUUCUCUAACAUGUUCUGAUUUACUAGCAUUGUUCCUUUUCUGGUUAGCGAAGAUCACUAGAUAAGAUUCUGAAAGGGUGUAUUUUUCAUUUGUGGGUACAUAUUUAACUUAGUUUGCUUAUUUUAAGGAGGUCUAGGGGGCAGUGAGAGCUGUUACUUUUUUCUUUCUCUCUCUCUCUCUCUCUCUUUUUUUUUUUUUUUUUUUUUUUUUUUUUUUUUUUUUUUUUUUCUGCUUGCCUUGCAUUACGUGCCUGGGUAGUUUGUGGAUCUAAUUAUUGACUGGCGUCUGGGCUAUUGCAGUGCGGGGGGGUUAGGGAGGAAGGAAUCCAUCCCCACCCCCCCAAACCCUUUGCUUCUCCUUCCCUGGGUUCGGACAUUGGAGCACUAAAUGAACUUGAAUUGUGUCUGUGGCGAGCAGGAUGGCUGCUGUUACUUUGUGAUGAGAUCGGGGAUGAAUUGCUCGCUUUAAAAAUGCUGCUUUGGAUUCUGUUGCUGGAGACGUCUCUUUGUUUUGCCGCUGGAAACGUUACAGGGGACGUUUGCAAAGAGAAGAUCUGUUCCUGCAAUGAGAUAGAAGGGGACCUACAUGUAGACUGUGAGAAAAAGGGCUUUACAAGUCUGCAGCGUUUCACCGCCCCGACUUCCCAGUUUUACCAUUUAUUUCUGCAUGGCAAUUCCCUCACUCGACUUUUCCCCAAUGAGUUCGCUAACUUUUAUAAUGCGGUGAGUUUGCACAUGGAAAACAAUGGCUUGCAUGAAAUCGUGCCAGGGGCUUUCCUGGGUCUGCAGCUCGUGAAAAGACUGCACAUUAACAACAACAAGAUCAAGUCUUUUCGCAAGCAGACUUUUCUGGGCUUAGACGAUCUAGAAUAUCUCCAGGCUGACUUCAAUUUACUACGGGAUAUAGACCCGGGGGCCUUCCAGGACUUGAACAAGCUGGAGGUGCUCAUCCUAAACGACAACCUCAUCAGCACCCUGCCUGCUAACGUGUUCCAGUACGUGCCCAUCACCCACCUGGACCUCCGCGGAAACAGACUCAAGACGCUGCCCUACGAGGAGGUCUUGGAGCAAAUCCCGGGCAUCGCUGAGAUCCUGCUGGAGGACAACCCUUGGGACUGCACCUGCGACCUGCUCCCUCUGAAGGAAUGGCUGGAGAACAUUCCCAAAAAUGCUCUGAUCGGUCGUGUGGUCUGCGAGGCCCCCACCAGACUGCAGGGGAAAGACCUCAAUGAAACCACCGAGCAGGACUUGUGUCCUUUGAAAAGCCGAGUGGAUUCUAGCCUCCCGGCGCCCCCCGCCCAAGAAGAGACCUUUGCUCCUGGCCCCUUGCCAACUCCUUUCAAACCGAAUGGGCCAGAGGAUCCUGCCACCCCAGGGUCUGCGCCUCCCAACGGAGGCACCAAGAUCCCUGGUAACUGGCAGAUUAAAAUCCGCCCUACGGUGGUGACAGCGGCGGGGGGCGCCAGAAGCAAAGCCCCAGCCAACCGCUUGCCCUGCCCCGGGGGCUGCAGCUGCGACCACAUCCCGGGGUCAGGAUUGAAAAUGAACUGCAACAACCGGAAUGUGAGCAGCUUGGCCGAUUUGAAGCCCAAGCUCGCGGAUGUGCAGGAGCUGUUCCUACGAGACAACAAGAUCCACAGCAUCCGAAAAUCACACUUUGUGGAUUACAAGAGCCUCAUCCUGUUGGACCUGGGCAACAAUAACAUCGCCACGGUGGAGAACAACACUUUCAAGAAUCUCCUGGACCUCAGGUGGCUUUACAUGGAUAGCAACUACCUGGACACACUGUCCCGGGAGAAAUUCGCAGGGCUGCAGAACCUCGAGUACUUGAACGUGGAAUACAACGCAAUCCAGCUCAUUCUCCCCGGCACUUUCCAUGCCAUGCCCAAACUGAGGAUUCUCAUCCUUAACAACAACCUGCUGAGGUCGCUCCCCGUGGAUGUGUUCGCCGGGGUCUCGCUGUCCAAGCUCAGCCUGCACAACAACUACUUCAUGUACCUGCCGGUGGCAGGGGUGUUGGACCAGUUAACCUCCAUCAUCCAGAUCGACCUGCACGGAAACCCCUGGGAGUGCUCCUGCACCAUUGUGCCUUUCAAGCAAUGGGCAGAGCGCCUGGGCUCGGAAGUGCUGAUGAGCGACCUCAAGUGUGAGACGCCGGUGAACUUUUUCAGGAAGGAUUUCAUGCUCCUUGCCAACGACGAGAUCUGCCCCCAGCUGUACGCCAGGAUCUCGCCCACGUUGACUCCGCACAGUAAAAACAGCACCGGGUUGGCGGAGACCGGGACGCACUCCAACUCCUACCUAGACACCAGCAGGGUGUCCAUCUCUGUGCUGGUCCCGGGACUGCUGCUGGUGUUCGUCACCUCCGCCUUCACCGUGGUGGGCAUGCUCGUGUUCAUCCUGCGAAACCGCAAGCGCUCCAAGAGAAGGGACGCCAACUCCUCAGCGUCCGAGAUCAACUCCCUACAGACAGUCUGUGACUCUUCCUACUGGCACAAUGGGCCUUACAACGCGGACGGGGCGCAUAGAGUGUAUGACUGUGGCUCGCACUCUCUCUCAGACUGAGUUCC